AUGCCAAUAUUAGUUAAAGAUUUUACCUGGACCCAAACUCUUAACUCAGUACAUUUAAGAAUUCCGUUGGAUCCUGUAUACCGAGAAAAAGUUGAUAUUUUCACCACUGAUUAUUAUAUUAAGGCAAAUUUUAAUCCCUUUUUAUUUGAAAUAUUUCUUCAACACGAUAUCAACGGUGAUAAAAGUAAAUGCACAGUACAAGAGGAUCAAUUAGUUUUUGAUCUGACCAAAAAAGAGGAUUUAGAAUGGAGUGCUUUAGAAAAAUCGUUAACUAAAGAAGAAAAGGCAAAACUUAGAGAAAAUAUGUUGGUAGAAAGUCAAGAACAGGCAAAGAAAGAAUCAGAAGAGCGAGCUAUAAGAAAAAGUCAGUUGAACAGAUAUGCAGUUCAACAAGCAAUGGAAAUAGAUAAUAAACAGCAUUCACUCAUGGAAUCCCGAAGAGAUGAAGAACGUACUAAAGCUAUGAAUGAUCUUGAAAAGUGGAGACAAACUGCAUCCGUAGAUAAUCAAAUUAAAAGCUUCAAUCGCAAGAGCACAGUUUCUGGUGCGAAGAUAGUAGAAUUACCUGAUGACUCACCUACAGAUUCAAAACCCAAGAGAUGUGCACCAGUGAAUAAGCCAGCCAAAACUCCAGUUCAAUCCGAUUACAUAAACAAAAAGAAAGAAGAAAAUAUAAAACGAGUUCUGCCAAAGUUACGGGAAUCCGGGCAGGUUGAAGUAAAACACACCCCGAGGACAUUUCCGACACCAAGUAGGGAGUCCACGGCGCGAGAAGAAGAGGCUUGGUUAAGAAAUAUCACGCAUGCAAGGAGAGCCACUGGCUUCGUGUCCGAAGACCUGCGGCCCGAAGAACAUGAUCCUCAGUGGUGUAAAGAGAAGGGCGAUGAAUUUUUCCGCAAUGGCAAUUUUCUUGGUGCUGUUAGUGCUUAUACACAUGGGAUAACACUUUCAGACAAACUACCUAGUUUAUAUGCGAAUAGGGCUGCAACCCAUUUUGCUUUGGGUAAUUUUAACAAAUGCGUGACAGACUGUUCUUCAGCUCUUGAUUUAAUGAAGCCAGUUUGUGAAGGCAAUAGACGAAGUCGCGCAAAGUGCAUCGCGCGCCGUGCUGCGGGCCUAGCGCGCUUAGGUCUAUUAAAUAAAGCCAUAGACGAAAUGAAAGCUGCAGCAAAACUUCUGCCAGAUGACGAAAAUAUAAAAAAUGACAUCUACGACAUGGAAAGAGCAUGGGAACAAAACCCCGACUCCGACUAA